GAGCAUGCGUUUUUGUCUGGAAGGUGGAACCACCAAACGAGCCUUGCAUGUGGUACAUGCCGAGGGAAACAGGCCAGACUGGGUCUAUAACAUUGGUAUCCAGGUGACUCCAGGCCGGGGGCGCUACAGAGGCACCAACAUCGUCACCUUUGCCCCUCAGUUUGUGGUCGACAACCAGUCAGAUUUCAAGCUGGCCAUUGUGCAGCAUUACAUGAUUAAGAAAGAGGCCAGUCAGCGGGUCCAUCUGACAGCUCUUCCCCAAAGCUCGCUGCCAUUUCAUUGGCCGCGGGUUGACCUGGAUCAGCUUCUGAGUGUGAAGUUGUUAGAUGUGGAGCAUUGCAGAUGGUCUGGUGGAUUCUGCAUUGACAAGAUCAAUUCUUUCCAUAUCAACAUGAGGGAUUCGACAGGAAAAUGUCAUCUGCUGAAAGUAGAAGUGGUACAGCAAGGACCUACUUUCUUUACUGUGUUUGCCAAUGCAGAUGUUAUGCCACCUCCAUUCCGCAUUGAUAACUUCAGUGAGGUGCCAGUGCAGUUUUACCAGACGCAUACAACAGAUGACAGACUGAAAACUUUCAUACAGCCUCAGUCAUCAAUUCCUUAUGCCUGGGAUGAGCCUACAUUGAAACCAUUAAAGCUGACCCUGGCGAUAAUGGGUGGAACCUCAUCCAGCUACAGUCUGGACAAGCUGGAGGAAGGAGAGCAGCUUCACUAUGAGAACUUCAUCUACCUGGCUGCCACAGCUACGUUUGAGAACAACUGGAGUGGACCUAGUAGGGAACUGGUUUUGGAUUGUGUUCACAACAGCAACAUUGUUUUCAUGAGAAAGGAGAAAGGCAGACGUAGCCAGCUAUGGAGGAUGACAGGUUCAGGAAUGCUGGAACAUGAGGGUUCAAGGCCUCCUCGUGACCCCCGCAAUCCCAGCUCAAGUUCUGAUCCAGGCUUAGUCCUUGACAUUGCUGAUUUGGCUCCAAGACCAGGCCAGGCGGUCCCACUAACUCUGAGAAAACCUGAUUUGAGGCGCAAGGCUACACAAACUUGGAGGUUUACAGAGCAAGGUCAGCUAUGUUGUCAAGCAGGAUCCAUGUGUGUUCAGGCUGUCGGUGGAGCCAAAGGUCUGCAGGAAGGUGCAAUAGCCAUCCUUGGACCUGGCAUGGAUCCAGAGACAGAAAAGAAGCUUGAGUCAGAGAAAUUGGCAGGAACAAGUCAGUUGUUGUCAGACAAGUCUGCCACAUCUAUCACCAGCCACAUGUUAAUCUCCAGGCAGAAACUGCGACCUGGAUCUGGUUGUGUAUCGGUGCGUGUCAGCAUGGAUGGCCCUAUCCGUGUCAUUGAGCUAGUGGAUAUACAGCAACGGCAAGUUGUCAAGCGGAUGACCAUGGAGAAGGACCUCGAGGGUUGGGAGGUGUAUGACGAGAUCAAAGGUUCCAAGACUACCAAAAGUUUGUCUCCUGUGUCGUCUGCCACCAAUAUUGAGUUGUCAAUUACGUUGAAAGAUGGAAUAGGAGUGUCAUUAGUAAACAGUCUGUCGGAGGAGCUCCUGUAUGUGACACUGAAAAACAUCUCUGUUGAGGUGGUGUCCAAGUUGUCAUCCAUCACGUUUGAUGCCAGCGUGACUCACAUCCAGGCUGAUAACCAGAUGUGGGGCGCUCAGCGACCAGUUGUACUGUUUGUCACGCCAAUGUCGCGACAGGAUGUCAUGGACAAUACACCAGCGCUGCAUUUCUCUGCUCACAAGGUCCCCAGUGCCAAGUGGAAAGCUGAGAUUUUUAAACACCUGUAUGUGUCCACCAAGAGGAUGACGCUCCACAUCGAGGAACAUCUUCUGUGGAAGCUGAUGCAGCUAGCAGGGGUGGGUAAAGAUGACCACACCCUAAACCGCCUGGAUGAAAUAUUUGAUACACACAGAGCUUUGUCAGCUGUGACCUCAAUCCAAUCAACUCGUUACUAUUUUGGCGCUGUCAAGUUGAGUGUUAAUCGAGUGACCUUGAGCAUGGUUACUGCCAGCAAAUUGCCCCCUGACCUCAAGGCCAUCAAAAAUGCUUUUGCGAUGAGGUUGAUAGCGUUUGAACAGGCAAACAUUGACAUGCGUUCAUUUGAGCAGUACCAUAUGUUUGAGACUGGGCCAUUUCUGAUCAACAAAAUCAUGAACCAUUACAGGGAGGAGCUGAUUGGCCAAGCAGCCAAAAUUCUGGGUUCGGUGGACUUUCUGGGAAAUCCCCUGGGACUCGUCCAUGACAUCACAGAAGGAAUUGCAGGCUUUGUGAAGGAUGGCAAUGUGGGUGGGCUGCUGAAGAAUGUGACUCAUGGUGUGUCCAACUCGACUGCCAAGGUGGUGAGUUCCUUGUCAGAUGGGAUUAGCACUGUGGGAUUGGACGAGGAACACAACCAGCGGCGAGAGGCUUUACGUAAUGUCACCUCGGGAAGCAGCAGUGACCACUUGAUGGCCGGCUUCAAGGGGCUAGGUCAUGGCAUUAUUGGGGGUGUCACCAGCCUGGUUAGUCAGAGCAUCUCAGGAGCUCAGAGUGAGGGAUUUGGGGGUCUGAUCAAAGGCAUGGGGAAAGGCAUGAUUGGCACUGUCACCAAACCAGUUUCUGGUGUCCUUGACCUUACCUCAGGUCUGGCCAAUGCCUUGCGAGACAGCAGCACACGGACGUCACACAGAGGCCCCAAUCGUGUACGGAGCCCUCGUUGUACACAGGGACCAGGCGGGCUGCUCCCUCUGUAUAUGAAAUCUCAGGCCGAAGCACAGAUCAUGUUGUAUGAACUCAACGACCAUGAUUAUACAGAAUUCCUGAUUGCCAUGGAGCAGCUGAUCUCUGACCCCAGCGGAGAAGGCAACAUGCAUGUGCUGAUCUCCAAUAGACAGGUUCUGUUUCUCAAUCAGAAGAGAGCUAAGGCAGACAACGUGGUCUUGAGCAUCAGCCAUGCAGAAAUUAUUGACUGCAAGAACAUUACAGCUGAUGGAAGGUACUAUGUAGAGCUGACCCGCAAGAUCAACUCAGACGUUGCUAGCACCAUCCUCAACAAACCCCGAGUCCGCUGUGAUAAACAGAACAUAGCCAAGAAGGUAGCACAAGAAAUCAAAUAUGCAAAGAACCUUUAUGAUGAAAAGGCACAAACUUUGGCAGAAGAUGACUCUUCAGAUGAGGAGGAUUUCUAA